UGAGUGCGUAGCGUCAACAUACAGCCUGUCCUGCUACGCCUUCUAAGAACAACUUUAACUCCGUACAAGCUCGGCCAUGAUCAUCCACGUGCGAGACACAGACGGGACAAUGUAUUCUGUUGAAGCACAACCGACGGACACAAUCCACACGCUCAGGGUGAAGAUAAUGUCAGAAGGCGUUCCCCUAAGUGGCAAUCUGAGACUCGAGUUUAACGGCGAACUUUUAUGGGACACUAAAACGGUUUCCAGCUACGGCAUCUGCGACGAAGACUGUGUAGAUAUCAAAAAAGUCCGCAUUGUGGCCGAAAGCAGCUGUGGAUUUUUCGUUAACGUUGUCCAGCCGGAAGGGAACGUUAUCAGGGUAGUGGCGGACGAAGCGGUCCCCGUCAUAGAGAUCAAGCACGAGGUGGCCCGGAAAGCGGGUGUGGAGGCGAGGAAGCUGCAGCUGAGGGCCGGCAGCGAAAACUUGAAGGACGAGAAGAUGCUGAGAGACUACGACAUCACCGGGGAGUCUGUUGUGUGGCUGGAGGUCGAGGGCGAGAGAGGAAACGGGAGAGAGAAAAGAAGGCUGAAGAAUGGGUUGCUACUUGUUUCCCUUCUGGUGUUAGUUCCUCUCAGUUUGUGGCUGGCUUACUAAUGUGGGAAUAAAAGUAAGUAAGGCAGUACGAGCGAGAGACAGAAAAAUGAAACUCGGAAACAGUGCCAAUGUGACCCCCCUUUUAAGAAAGCUGCCAUACGAAAACCUGUCAACCCCUCAUGCCUUUCUUUAACUGGAGAGUAACUAUAAUUGUCUUUUAUAUUCGCAAUGAAUUUAUGUAUUAUUUCUUUUCUGUUAUCAAUAAAUUCUCUUUAUAUUUUGCUGUCUGAUCUUCAAUAAAUAAAACAUUUAU